UCCUCUGCUAAUUCCCCUUGGGACUCCGUGGGCGAUUCUAUUUCCCAGACCCACUUGUCCGGGUGAAUGAAUCCCUCCGGCCUCUGGGCAAGUUCUCUUAGAUGGGGUUGGAUAGGACCUGAGAGCUGAGGAAGGGGUCCUUCGUGCCCCGACCAGGGACGCGGAAGGUUCCCGCCCCCUUCCCUGGUGGUGAAUUGCGGCUGGUUUGUGAAAAUUUGAAUCAUCAUUAUGGGAUUGCUGGACAAGCUGUCAGGCUUGCUUGGCCUAAAGAAGAAGGAAGUUCAUGUUCUAUGCCUUGGGCUGGAUAACAGUGGCAAAACUACCAUCAUUAACAAACUCAAACCUUCGAAUGCUCAAACUCAAGACAUAGUUCCAACAAUAGGCUUCAGUAUAGAGAAAUUCAAGACAUCCAGCUUGUCUUUCACAGUAUUUGACAUGUCAGGUCAAGGGAGAUAUAGAAACUUAUGGGAACAUUAUUACAAAGAAGGCCAGGCCAUUAUUUUUGUCAUUGAUAGUAGUGACAGAUUAAGAAUGGUUGUAGCCAAAGAAGAACUUGAUAUUCUCCUGAAUCAUCCAGAUAUUAAGAACCGCCGAAUACCAAUUUUAUUCUUUGCUAACAAAAUGGAUCUUAGAGAUGCAGUAACAUCUGUAAAAGUGUCUCAGUUGCUGUCUUUAGAGAACAUCAAAGAUAAACCAUGGCAUAUUUGUGCUAGUGAUGCCAUUAAGGGAGAAGGGUUACAAGAAGGUGUAGACUGGCUGCAAGAAAAAACUACAGAAUCAGAUCCAAGCAGUGAAGACAUGAAAAGAUAAUGAUUAUAAGACACGAUGAUGUUCAUAAACUUCAACAGUUGUUUCAUUUCAAGGCAUGAUUUCUUAAAGCACAUUUUGUUUAUUAUUUUAUUUUAUGCUUUGCCUCUGUGUGUGUUUAAGGAUGUCAUACAUUAUUCUGUUUGCCUUCAUGGAGUUGAGAAGUAUUAGCUUUUUAUUUUUUAGCAAUAUAACUUCUCAGGUACGCUGAGCCCAUGAAUUAUAUAUAUUCAGGCCAAAUCUUCCUUAGCAAGGACACUAAAAUAAUGAGUCCAUUAAAUGUCUGCAUUCAAUUUUAAUCAUUUUUUGUUUUUUUAGUAUACAUUAAAAGUAAAAUAUAUGCCAUCUCUUUGUCCUGGCUUAAUCUUUUUUUUUAAUAUCUUUUAUUUUAAAAGAUGUCUCAUUUUUUGUAACUUAGUACAUGAUGGAACCUUAUGAAUUCUGUUUUUCAAGAGGACUACAGAUGCUCAUGAGGGACUUUGGUUAUUAGUAUGUAUUUAACUUGUUACUAAGCAUAACAUGUUAUCA